UUUUACACCAGAUUGCAACCCUACCAUUACACCUAUACAUACACACAUUCACUACAGUUUUACUCUUUUUUGGUCACUUUGAUACUGAUGAGGUAAAAACCAAAAAGGGGUUCCCAAGGUUUCCAUUUGAGCAUUUUAUUUUUAUAUAUUUUCACAAAACACAGAACACCAAGAUUCUUCAUCAACUGUGUAAAAAUGGAAGAAGGUGUUAAAGGGAUUAAUGAUGAUGAAAUUCAAGGGUCAAGUUUGACUAUGGAAAAAGUAGCUGCUGCUAAACAAUAUAUAGAGAAUCAUUACAGGACCCAGAUGAAAAAUAUUCAAGAACGCAAAGAAAGGCGGUGGAUUUUGGAGAGGAAGCUGGCUUCUUCGGAUGUGCCUAAAGAGGAACAAAUUAAUUUGAUCAAGGAUUUAGAGAGAAAGGAAACAGAGUUUAUGAGACUUAAAAGAAACAAGAUAUGUGUUGAUGAUUUUGAACUUUUGACCAUCAUUGGAAGAGGAGCCUUUGGCGAGGUACGGUUGUGCAGGGAGAAAAAAUCUGGCAAUAUUUAUGCAAUGAAAAAACUGAAGAAAUCAGAAAUGCUUGUUAGAGGACAGGUGGAACAUGUUAGGGCUGAGAGGAACUUGCUUGCGGAAGUGGCCAGCCACUGCAUAGUAAAACUAUAUUACUCAUUCCAAGACACCGAGUAUUUGUACCUUAUUAUGGAAUAUCUACCUGGUGGUGAUAUGAUGACUUUGUUGAUGAGAGAAGACACACUGAAAGAAGAUGUUGCUAAGUUUUAUAUCGCUCAAAGUGUGCUUGCUAUAGAGUCUAUUCACAAGCAUAACUAUAUUCAUAGAGAUAUAAAACCUGACAACCUUCUUCUCGACAAAAAUGGCCACAUGAAACUUUCGGAUUUUGGUCUCUGUAAGCCUCUUGAUUGUAGAACCUUAUCUACAUUGAAUGAACAUGAAACCAUGGUUGAUGAGAAUAUAAGAGAACCAAUGGACAUUGAUGGCAUCCCUGAUGCCGAGAAUGGGCAUAGUUGGAAGAGUGCCCAUGAACAGCUUCAACAUUGGCAGAUGAACCGGAGAAAACUGGCAUUUUCAACGGUGGGCACUCCAGAUUAUAUUGCUCCUGAAGUUCUCUUGAAGAAAGGAUAUGGAAUGGAGUGUGACUGGUGGUCAUUAGGUGCAAUAAUGUAUGAGAUGCUCGUUGGAUAUCCCCCAUUUUACGCGGAUGAUCCAAUAACCACAUGUAGGAAGAUUGUUCAUUGGAGGAAUCAUCUUAGAUUUCCGGAAGACAUACUUUUGUCUCCAGAAGCGAAGGAUCUCAUCUACAGGCUGCUCUGUGAUGUCGAACAUAGGUUGGGUACAUGUGGACCUGACCAAAUAAAGGCUCACCCAUGGUUCAAAGACGUUGAGUGGGAUAAACUAUAUGACAUGGAAGCAGCUUUUAAACCUGAAGUCAACGGGGAGCUAGAUACUCAAAAUUUUAUGAAGUUUGAUGAGUUAAAUCCUCCAACUUCUGGAAGAACUGGUUCAGGACCCUCAAGGAAGCAGCAGUUAAAUCCCAAGGACUUGAAUUUUGUGGGAUAUACGUACAAGAAUUUUGAUGCUGUAAAAGCUCUGCGUGCUAAUCCGGAUCUUAUGAGGAGUGCCUCCAGUGAUUCCUUAUUUGAAGGCAAGUUGAAGAUGGAUUAUACAACAAAAGCAACAACCGAAGAAACGGACAUACAAAUGCUCACAUCAGCUGACGACUCAAUGUUGCCAUAAUUAAUAGCUAUGGGAUUGGAGGCAUAACUUGUGUAUUAUAGUCAGGUUCUUGCCCGUUAAUGGGAACUUCCCGCAGCUACCCCAUGCAUUUACCAUUAAAAAGGCAGCCCCUUUCCAUGACCCCGCUAUAUCAAAUCCAAACCAGCCAACGCUAUUGUCCUUGAAUCUCGAAAAAAAAAAAAAAAUUUUAAAAGCAGUUGUCUUACUCAUUGGUUACUCUAAGUUUUGGUAAAAAGUGGUGUCGGGAAAAGGGGGCGGCCGAAGAAUAUCAUUUAAUAUAAGUGUACAGUAGUGUAUAAAAAGCCCAAGUGAGGUACUCAUUGAUAGCUAGGGCUGGGGUAUUGCUUUGUGUUAUGUUUGCCCAGGUUGACAAGUCCAAAACUUGUCUUCUCUUGUGGCAGUUUCUAGAAUUUUUUUCUUUUUCCUGAUUGUAUUAUUGUGUGUGAGCUUUUGGCAGAAAUUGGAUAUUAGUAGUUACUCAUUAAGUUUACUUGCUGUA